AUGAAAUUUGCACUUGUACUAUUCUUCUCUCUGAUUGCAUUUGCCGUGUCAACUCACCCCCUUGACCCGAACAGCAAGCUCGGAAAGCAGUUGUUGGAUUUGACUGAAGAGAGAAUCAACCAGCAAACCAAACGCUCCUAUUACCAGAAGAUCACCAAGUUCAUUGACGGUACAAUUGCCUAUGGAGAUUUGCUGAUGUUUGCCAAGUUUCGUAUCGAAAUGGCGGAUACAAACUGCUUGAAGUCUAGGGUAAGAAGACCAUAGAGAUAUACCAGGGUGCCGGGAAAAUAAUGAGCACUGUGUUGCAUCGAAAAUCGUAUCGCCGUCGAGAAAAGCCCCUUAUCGAUCGAUUUUGUGUUGACCCGAACUGUCGUCGAAUUGAAGAGCCUAGACGCGGAAAAGCUUGGUAUAAUAAUUAAGGCCAGAGAUUGCCACGGCUCCGGAGCCGGCUCUUGGCUCCGGCUCCUGAGCCCAAAGUCAGAGCCAGGCUUCUCAGCGUUCAGCAAUUUUGUGAUCUUGUUAAACGAACUUGCUUGAAAAAUACUGGGAAGGAUGUGUUGCGUAUGACCUGCUAACAAGAGUCUUGUAAGAGCCGGAGCCGAAAUUUUGACCGUGGCAAUCUCUGAUCAAGGCCGAAUUGGAACAAUACGGACUUUUGAGCCUCUGAAAACCAUAGCCUGUCAAACUUUACUAUAAUUGCAGAAGGAUUGCAAGACCGCGGCGAAAGUGACCACCAAAGAGCGGCACUACUACAAGGUGGAGAUUCAAGUUUUUCGGAUGGGAAUCGAGCAGUCUCAGGUCUCCUUCCAACCCAUUCCAAAGCCGGACAUGUCAGGAAGGUCGACCACCAUUUCGAUCAGCUGA